UUGUGUAAGACUGCCUUACAUAAAAGUUUGUAUUUUAAAUAGGUCAACCCAUGUUAUCCGCUAUGAACAAUACAGAUCUAAAUGCGCAUAAAUAAGGUUGACUUUGUUAAAAGAAAAAGUAAAUUAAAAGAAGUAGUCAAAUUAUACUUAUAAAAAUUGUGGUAGUUUCUUGGUGUGGUACACGUAUGUUCAAUUCUUGCCCCUUGGGUAUAAAUUUGCCUCGUGAUUGUGGCUUUGCCUUUUUGUUUAAAAUCAUUUAGUUUAAAUUCAAAGUACAAAGAGAUUUUUAUCCGAAAGUUUGAAAGAAAAGAAAUGUCGUUGGUGGAAAUAACAUGGGGAGUACUUGCAAUUUUAUCACCACUCAUAUUCGUUUGUAUUGGACCUCUAGCAGUAGCGUUUUGUUCUUCAACAAGAGAUGCACCGUUUCAGGAAGGUGAUCUUUCCUCCAUCAUUGUUGGUACAAUACUUCUUGCGGUUGUUCAAAUGUGUACUUCUGGUUGGGUCGUUUGUAAUUGGCAUAAAACAAUUCUUAAAGGUGGACUUCAUUUUCGUAGAUUCAUACUUAUUCUCCGUGUUUCCUCCUGGUUGGCAUUUUUUACAACAAUCAAAGGAAUGACAGCUACAACCAUUUGCGUGGACAACAAUGAUUUCAUUUUAUAUAACCAAUUUUGCAUUUUCAUCAAGAGAUCACUCUUUUUUGUCAAUGCAAAUCCUCUUUUUUGGAGUAUAAUGUGCAUUUUCAUCAAUUUUGUUAGUUUCAUAUCCAUAGGCUGAGAUUAUAAAAAUCAUCUACAAAUCUAUUAUUACUACGGAGUAUAUAUUAAAAGACACACCAGGAAUGACACGUGUCAAUUCCUGGUGAGUCCUUAGUAUUUUUUUCCUUUUUUUUCCACCAAUUUUUUUUUACUAUAGUUGAAAGAAUCUUAUCAUUCCUAUUUUUUUUAAAUAUAAAAAACCAUUCGUUA